ACUUGAUGUGCUCAUGCAAAGUUAUAGCAAAUAUGAGCAUAUAUUUUAAAAAGCAACACCACUGCAUCAGAGAAACAGAGACAGUUAGUGUGGGAAAACAGCUGCUCAAGUUAAUGCGUCUGCUUCACUAAUCAUGAGGCGCGUGUAUCUGCUGACCCUGGGUCUUCUGUUUGUAGUAAUAGAAGACAUCAUGAUGCAAGACUGCUCAGCUGGUUAUAAAAAACAAAGAGGAACGUGUGUAGAUAAAGAUGAGUGUGAGCAGGAACUCCUCGUUUGUGGAGAAAAUGCAAACUGCUUCAACACUGCUGGCAGCUACUACUGCCAGUGUCAUGGAGGGUUCAGAGCUGAGGGUAACAAAAAACCUUUUAAUUUCACACAAGCAGAUGGGAUUCAGUGCAAAGACAUUGAUGAAUGUGUGAAUGGCAGCAAUAUUUGUGGUCCAAAUGCAGAAUGUAUCAAUAAUGAAGGAGAUUUUGCCUGCAUGUGUAGAACUGGAUUCACUGCCAACAAUGGAAAGCUGAUAUUUGUUGUAAGACAAGGAGUUCAGUGCUUUGACAUUGAUGAAUGUGUGGAUACCAGCAUUAAUUGUGGUCCAAAUGCAGAAUGUGUCAAUAAUCAAGGAGGUUAUGCCUGCAUAUGUAGAACUGGCUACACUCCCAACAAUGAAAACGAAACAUUUAUUGUAGGACAAGGAGUUCAGUGUGAUGGUUUAAAAAUAGCAUUGGAGGAAGGAUGCACAAAUCAAACUUCUAAAGUAUGUCUUGAAAAUCUUCUUGAGCAGACUGAGAACAUUAAAGAUGAAGAGCUUCCUUUAAAUACGGUGACCAGCCUUUUAAAUAUGGUCCUUGAUGCUGCAGUAAAUAUUUCAGUGUCAUCAUCAUCAGCCAACCCAAAUGAACUGACCUCAUAUGGAAACCGUUUGUUAAAAAGCAAUGAGGAACUCAUGUCUACAUUAGUGAAGCCGACAAACACAAGUGCCAAUGUCAGUUUUAUUCUUACUGGUGUAGAGGGACGAGUCUUUAUGGUUGGACCACAUGUCACUUUAGUUGAAAUUCCUCGACUACACACAACAACCUGCUCUAUUGACAUUGAUCUCAUUGGCAUUGCCAAGAACAACAACGAAACAUCUGCUGUGAUUUUUUUGGGCUACACCGCAAUGGAGAAUCUACUGAAGGCCGACUUCUUCAACGCAACAAAUAAUACAGUUAACACCAUGAUGUCCUCUGUGAUCUCAGUGACUCUUCCCAAAACUACCAACACUGCACUCAGCAAACCAGUCAACUUCACCUUCAGACACAUCAGAGAGUUUGACUCCAGUGGUUCUAUGCACUGUGUGUACUGGAAUAUCAGCGAGUGGAUUGUAGAUGGUUGUUCUGUGUUAAACACCAACAGCAGUUUUACGAUGUGUUCCUGUGUUCAUCUGUCCACAUUCGCUCUCAUCAUGCAAACCAGCAGCCAUCCACCAAAGAACGACUCUCUGCUGAAUCUGCUGAAUGUGGUGUUUGUGAUCGUGGGGCUGCUGUUCUUCAUUUUGGCCUUGUUGACCUUUGCUCUUUGUCAGUGGAGUCCUGGAGUAAAUAAUGUGGCUCGAAUCAACAUCUGCAUUAGUCUGCUGUUGGCUCACCUUCUGUUCCUGCUCACACAACAGUUCCUCAGCCUUAUUCGGCGCCAGAAGGUGCUUUGUGAGCUGAUAUCACGCGUUCUGCACUUCCUCUUUCUCUCCGGGUUUGUGUGGAUGUUUAUUGAAGCUGUGCUGCUCCUCAUCUGUGUGAAGAACCUAUCCCAGCUCAGCUCCCAAAAGAAGAAUGUGUUUCGCAACAUAUUCCUGUGUGUGAUUGGAUAUGGGGUUGCUCUGAUUGUGGUGGGCAUUUCUGCUGCAGUGGUUCCCAAUGGCUAUGGCAGUGAAAAAUGCUGGAUUAAAAUGGAUAAAGGCUUCAUCUGGAGUUUUUUGGGACCUGUUACCGUCAUACUAGCUUUAAACAUAAUUCUCUUCAUCAGCAUCGGUAUCAGUUUGAACUCAGCCUUCAAAAAACUGAACGCUGACGUUUCACAGUUGAAGCAAACCAAGAUUAUAAUGUUUAAAACCCUGGCUCAGUUUGUGGUUCUCGGUUGCUCCUGGAUUCUGGGUUUCUUCACUAAUAGCAGUAAAGUGCUGGAGAUUCUCUUCCUGAUCUUGAACUCCCAGCAGGGAACCUUCAUCUUCCUGAUCUACUGCGUCCUCAAUAAAGGGAUCAUGCAAGAGUACAGGAAACUCUUUACAUCUCUUUCCUGUGGACUCAAACCCAAGAACAUCAAUUGGUUCUCAGAAAACACAGAGGACAGUACAAUUCAGGGUCUGCAAAUGAAGUGACGUUCUAUCAUUAUUUGCAUAUUAAACAUGCCAGCUAUGACUUUCACUAUCUAACAUCUUAUACAGCACUUAUAUUAUUUUAGUGUCAAUACUGUAAUAUAAUGUUUUUAUUGUUGAAAGUCAUGAUAUCAAAUCAUAUCAACUCUUUUUUUUACAUUUUAUUUGAAACUCUUUACAAAAAUUGCCUACAGCUUAACACAGUAUCAAUCCAAAUUUAGCUAAAGUACAGUGUCCAUCGACUACCUCGUUGCCAUCGUUACCUGCAUGAAAACAAAUCUACCCUUAUUUUUAAUAACUAUUUGUCAAAAAUUAGUUGUUUAGCUGCAUUAAGGUCUAUGUACUAUACUAUAAGAUAUGUAUGUACUGAGAUGUACAGGAAUUAUUUAGGGCCAUUAUACUGAAAAUGAUUUAACAAUGGCUAUAUACUGUAUGUAACUCUCCCACACUGUAAA